AGCGGAGGCCAUGAGCGUGCGGUGCCUGUGUCAGAUCUGUAACUGCGGGCAGCAUCGUUGUCCACAAGGAGCCACAAGGAUUUAUGACAGUGCUGGCGUAUUUCACCCCACAACCGAGUAUCUGGAAAAGUUCCCUACAUAUGGCAAUGUUCUGCCUCCUCCAAGUCUUAAACCCAAGCAACAAUUUCAAGCAUACCGUGCUAAAAUGGAAGGAGUAACUACAUUUAAGUCAGACUACCGCCCUUACGAAGUGAUCCAGCCACCUCGCCACAUCCGAGAAGAAUAUAAGCCGAAGCAGGGGAAGAUUGAUUUUGGUACUACCUACAAACGAGAUUUUAAUUCUCACACAGUGCAGCCUGUGGUAAUAGUCCGGCCUUUGGAAAGAAAACAACUUAAAAAGGGAAAGUUGGAUACUGUCCCAACCUAUAAAGAUGACUAUAGACCUUGGAACCUUCAGAAUCGUGAACUCUGCAAGCAGGAGCACACCUACCAUCCCCCGACAGUGAGGUUUGGGAACGCAACCACGUUCCAGGAUGACUUCGUGCCCCAUCCGCUGGCAGUCAGGUCGGCCAGGAGGAAGGGGCUGCCCGGGCCCCCGGAGGAGGCUCGCUGUGGCCACAGGCCCAUGGGGGCAGCGCGGCGGGGCCCCAGCCCCUUCCAGGGCUCCACCGUCUACUCGGCGGACUUCACCCCAAAGCAGCGCAAAGUCUGCCCCGCCAGCGGCCCUUUUCCCAGUGGCUACAAGUUUGAAACCACAAACUCCCAAGGUCACCGGCUCUUCCGCAAGGUCACCGGGUAGGGAAGACGGGUCCACUUAGAGAGGCCCAGGGCCCAGUUUUUAUAGUGUAGAAGAUACUAUGAGAGGCACAACAAGCCACUUUGAGAUGUUUAAACCAACUGGGAAAUGUACGAUAGGAAAUCAGAAUCCUGAAAAUCCACAUGAACUCCUGUCUCAGCCAAGAUGGCCCUCCCCAGAAUUCCUGCGGGGGGGUGAGCGCAGUCCAUGGCUGUGCUCACAGCCCAUAGCCACUGCUGCUGCA